CACACAUUCAAAGUCGGACUCUCGAAAAAGGAUCCCAAGAAAAAAAGACAAAGGGAUCUAAAGAGAAAAUAUUAGGUUAGAUCCACAUCUCGUUCGAUUAUACCUGAGGUCCACUUUUGCUCCUCACCUAAAUUGGUUUUUCGUACAUCAAGAACCUAAUCAUACGUUUGAAUGCGCAUGGAUAGGUGAACGAGUAUCCAUUUUACCACCAUCACCGUCAAUUAUUCACCUACUUUGCCAUCUUAACAAAUUCGAAGUAGAGCGGCUGCUUUGAAACGCUUUUUUAUUUUUGCCCGAUUCUUAUUUCGACAAGUAUAUAGUUCUUGCCUAUUGCUGGGCAGACAAGGCCAACAUCAUGGAGCAGGCCUCACCUCAAUUACGAUGCUAUGAGGUUGAACAGGCCGCACAUGCUUUACGUCAUCGAUUGGCAUUAGCUUCCAAUCAUAAACGAUCGCCUAUUCCACCAUUCAUUGCAAGUUUCAACGGAAAGGCGGAAAACACAUCCCAACGGCAGUCUUCACAGCCCUCCCAAUCAUCAACCUCACCGGAAAGUGAGCAUACACCACAGCCAAUUGCAUCUCCUGCAAGUAUGCAAGGACUUGGGAUAGGUUUGGCUUCCGGUAUGGAUGAAGACCGUCAAUCUCAAUGCGAAGAUGUGAUGAUGAAAGAGGAAUUGGAUCAAGCAUCAAGUUUGCAAUCACACGCUUCGUCAGAGAAAGAAUCACAAAAUUGCAAACCGUCACUCUAUGAUGUGAUCUUUGGAUCGACGUUCGGACGUGUGGCUAUGCCAGGAGUAAAGGCGUCAACGAAAUCAUCUUCUUCGCCUCCUGUUGUACAACAAAGGUCACCUCACGUUCGUCAAGGCAGUUCAGCAUUUUUGGAGCAAGUUGCACUUUCGCCACAACAUAAUAUGCUUUCAAACAGUACUUUCAUCACAAGCGAAUAUCCACCUUCUCCAAGAAAUUUCUCACAAGAAUUUACGCCUCAAUUAUCUUCGCUCACUUCUCCUUCUCGUCAUUGGGGAUCACAAGCUGAGUCGACAAUCUUUGAUACACCAUCUGAUCCAAUGGAACAAGAUUCAUAUCACAGUACAACCACUCCGUUCGGUAGCCUCAAGCACAGAACGCCAAAAUUAGGUUCAAGCAAGCAUAGAAGGAUGCGAAGUAGUGGUGGAUCUGUUUUGCCAAAUGGCCAUCCAGCUUCUUCGUUGGCGCAAGAUUUGGGCAUUGCAACGGGCGGUGUACGUCCUGCUCGAUCGCGAAACGCUUCAGCAGCAGGAAGGUUGAUCGGUGGAUUCAAUUCGCACCCCAACAGAUAUGAUCGAGAAGACCUUCGAGACGAACAUACGUCUACAAAAGAUACCAGUAUGCUUGCUGGUUUUCUGUUAGCAAGCCUUUCUUCAGGCUCAAAUGAUAAUGAAGAGGCAAAAGUGUCACCGCCUAGAUCAUCGAAAUUCGUUGAUCCAAACACACUUACACCUAGAAGAAGACAAAGGAACAGCGUUGGUGAUCUUCAUACACCCACAUCUACACGCUUCAACACGCCUUCUUCAGCACAUCGUCGACAAAGUUUGGCAAAUCAUCAUCUACAGCAAAAUAGCCCAAUCAAUGAGGUAGAUGAAGCAGGCAAUAAUGAAGCAGCCCAUUCACUGUUGGAUCUGGCAUCCUCACCAUCACCAUCUCCCUCGCAAUUUCGUAGUUCUUCUCACCUGCCAGGUCACACGCCAAGUCUACGGGAUGACCUGAUUGCAUAUCGAAGAAAGGAACAUGGAAAGACACCUAGUUUGGCAUCUCCUAUGAGAUCGGGUGGAACGGUCAAAUACAAGUUGAUGGAUGACAUUGAUCGUCAUGAAGAGCGAGGCAGAUUAUCGGACCUACGUGGAAUUCUCAAAACUCCUUCCAAUCAUGCCAACAAUUCUCGUGCUGGUCGUGGACAUGCUCGAACAGGGUCGUUGGGUUCGCAUGGAAUUACAGACGGUGGAAGUCCGAUUCGUUCUUCUUUCAAGUCAAAGUUGCAAAAUGCUCCAUUAUUGGAAUCUGCUCAACCCACAACUCCUCCUUCAGGUCUUUACGAUCUUUCCCCUUCGCCACGCAAACAUGCAAGAACUCCAUCGCAAGCUGGUCGAGUACGACUCAUGUCACCUCCAAUGACUCCACCACAUUCUGAUGAAGUCACAACUACUGGCAAGACGGAACAAGCAGCACGUUCAGAUGCUAUGUCUCACCGUGGCAAACGAUCAACAUCCCCUCUUUCACCAUUGGACCCACAUCCAUCUUUGCGUGAAGCGGAUGUCGAGAUGCAAAGUUCGGAAGAGGACAAAGUGUCCCAAGACGUACCGGCAGAGGAGAAGUCUACUUCUGUUGCUCACGGAGAAUUACCCAUUCAAACACCUCGAACACCACCUCCGUUGCCAAACACACCUCGUACGCCAAAAGCACCUGGCUCAAACUUUUCUUACGGUGACUUUUUGCAUGUUUCACCUUCUCCUCAACCAAAGAUGCGAGGAAUGUAUUCAGGUUUAGGCACUCCAAAUUCUUCCAAGUUACCUUCAGCUGCUGGAGUGUUAGGUCAUUCACUUGAUCAAACCCCAACAAGGGCCACAAGAAGUCGAGCAAAGUUUCUCGACUUUGAUCAAAGUGGUUCGGGUAAAGCUGUUUUGAAACAAAUGGCUAUGUCCAAUGAUGACCAUCACCAGUACCGCAAUCAGCACGAUGCCGGUGUUGAUGGCCUUGGCUUGGGCGGCGCCUUUGAUGCGGAUGAACCUGAACAAAUGCUCAUUCCUGGCAAACGAAUCGCUACAACGCCAAAAUCGAAUCCAAACGAUAUUGGCAAGCGAUUCAGAAUUGCUCAAAUGUGAGCAAAACAAUGCCAUUCAAUAUACCACUUCUCGUUUCGGAUCCUGCUUUCGUUACUGCUUUUCGCUUUUCGCUUUUCGCUUUUCGCUUUUUUCGCUUUUUUUCUCAAUUUUCUCUCUUCUCUUCUGUAGCCUU